ACGGCGGGCAGGUUUGAAAACGCAUUGACUUAUUUACCUUGCCUGUGAAGAGCCUGCGUUAUGAAUGAUAUAGGAUGUGGAUAUGGCUCUCCACAAAUUCAACGGGCGUAUCUAAUUCCGCUUGCUGAACAGUUUGUAAAGAUUUCUGUUGACUGUUCAUCUGUGGAUGAGUUUUCAGAAUAUAUAAUUCGAGACAAGUCCACAAGUUGUAGUAGAUCUAAUAUGAAGUUAUGGCGCAAAGAUGCUUGCAAAGCGUUAAGGCUAGUGAAUACUCGUACAAUGGUCAAUCCUGUUCCAAAAGAUUCACCUAUCAUGGUUGACGAAUCGGAGUUUCCUAAAUUAGAUAUGUCAGUAGAUUUCGACAGAAAGCUUCCACGUAAACGUUCCAAGAUGAGCUUAGAAUCAACAACUGAAUCUAUCUCUGCCCGAUGUGUUUCUUCCACGUUAUCAGAUAUCAGCCAUACAGUUCCAGCGGAUUUACGAAGGCAAAUAAAAGGCUUUCUCGCAUGCCACUUACUUUCCGACAUCGGAUUACCAGUUUGGCCAUCCUUGUUGAUCAAUGGCCCUCCAUUUUGUGGCAAAACUACAUUGAUUGAGGCAGCAUGUGGAACCCUAGGUUUAAAAAUCAUCACUGUUUCGGUUGGUACAGUACCAUCAUCUAUGCGUCCAUGGAUGGAUAUAUUCAACCAAGCUAAAAAUUCCUCACCAUGUAUUUUGCAUUUGGAUGAUAUUGAAAGUAUGGAGAAACAUUCCUCUCCUGUUGGGACGUUCCGUCUUACCUGCCUUCUAAAAAGUCAAUUGCUUAAAGAGAUGGUCAGCUCAGGCGUUGUACUUAUUGGGGAAACUCGAUCACUUCUUGCCAGUCUACCCCAAAGUAUAUUAGAUUUGUUUACACAGAAGUUGACAUUUGGAAUGUUAAGUGAGACUCAUCGCUUGAGAUUAUUGCAGCAGUACUUGUCAGAUGAUACUGACUUUAUUUCACCGAAACCAGUAAGCUCUAAUUCCCGCCAACUACAACUCAGUGAAAACUUAACAUGUCUUGAAUUAGCACGUCGGACACCUGGUUAUGAAGUCGGAGAUUUAAUUCGUCUGGUAGCUCAGUUAAAAAUGGCUUGUUUAACAAGUAAACUUAAUGAUGUUAAUGAUGAUGAUGCUGAUGACAACUUGAAUAAUCUUGAUACUAACAAUAUGGAUGGUGUUAAGAAUGGUCAAAAGGUGCAUGUUGACUUCUCCAUUGAGUCGCGUGUUUCUGAUAACUCUGUUUCGGUGCCAGUCCAAUAUCCUUUAAUUGUAACACGAGAAAUCGUUGACAAAGCGUUGGUUGUUGUCGUUCCAGCAGUUAAAAAUACUGCUGAAUUUGUAACUAUUCCAGAUGUGACUUGGGCUGAUGUCGGUGGUCUCGAAACAACUAGACAACAGUUAUACAAUCGCUUUAUGCUUCUAAUCGAUGAUUGGGAACGUGCUCAGGUUUUGCAUCGACGUUCUGGAGGUGUACUACUUGAGGGUCCACCUGGAUGCGGGAAAACGCUCGUAGCUAAAGCCCUAUCCAAUCAAGCUGGUCUCAAUUUCCUAUCGGUCAAAGGUCCAGAAGUCCUUAAUAAAUUCCAAGGUGAAAGCGAACGUCGUAUUCGAGAAAUCUUUGAACGAGCACGUGCUUGUCAACCAUGUCUGAUUUUCUUCGAUGAAAUAGAUGCAAUCUGUCCAAGACGCGAUAGUGAUGAAUCUACAGGCAGUCGAGUUAGUUUGGUUAAUCAACUUCUAGUUGAAUUGGAUGGUAUUGACAAACAUAGGUCAGGUCGCGUUUUUGUUGUUGGUGCUACUAAUCGCAAAGAUAUGAUUGAUCCUGCAAUACUUCGUCCUGGACGUCUAGGCUUACAUUUGAUGAUUAACCCACCGUCUAAUGUGAAAGAACGUCUCUCUGUUUUAUCAGCUUGUACUCGGUCUGCAACCACUCCUCGUAUUGAGAAUGGUAUGCUGUCACUUGAACUCAUUGCAAAUGAUUCACGCACUGAGAGAAUGAGGUAUUUCAAUUUCAUGUAACUAAUCUAAUUUUUACGACGUGUUCUCCAAUUUUAUUCGUUUUAAAGUAAUCUUACGUAGUCUAUUCUAGUGAAUAGGUAUGUUGUGUUUAUAAGUUCAGAAUGUUUAUCAUUGACAAUUUUUCAAUUUGAGAGCUCACAUAAACAGGGGUUAUACAGUUUACACCGAAUUUCCAAGUAUCUAAACAUUUCCGAUGUAUUCCUAAUGAUUCUAAACGGAUUAUCAUUUCCAUUAUAUUUGGUUAUUUAUAAUAGGUAAGUUCACACUGUUACUUUAGUUACGUCAAUAAGACUAAAAAUCAGUUACGCAACAAACAUUCACACUAACGUAUUACCCCAAGGUCCUAUCAUUUGACUUGCAUGAUCCAUACAACAUAACGGAGAAAAAUCUUUGGUUUUCUUAGCAUCUUGAGCAACAAUGCAAGAUUAUUUUUGAUAAUUUACUCAUUUGGUAAUUACAGAAGUCGUGCUUCAGAUUUAUUUUACCACAGCGAUUACUGCUACUUUAGAAAAUAAUACACCCGAUAGUCAAUCACUUCAUUCAUAUUAUUUUUAAUCAACCACAGUUAGAACAGCAUAUCAAUAGCGACGAAACGAGCGGACUAACGUACAACUAACAUUUCCUAUAUCUAUUCGGAUCCAGUAUUAGGUUUGCAACAUAACCAUCAGUCCAACAUUUUCAAUACUGUAUAAGGGGAAAUAAUGAAUUACAAUAUAUCCUUGCAAGCUUUCUUUUCUGAGAUAAAAAUAUAUCCUCUUUUCCUUCAUACAACACAUUUCGUCUUUCUUGAAAUUUCAGCGGCGCUGAUCUAGAAAAUUUAUUGGAACUAGCCAAGCAGAAGGCUCAAAUUGCAAGGCAAGAUUUUGUUUCACAAGCCAACUUACUUGAUGCAUUAUCUGAGUUACAUAAAUAAACAAUAUAUCUUAUUGUAAAUAUACUUUUUGAACAAACAGCUCAACUUAUAUUGGAAUAUCUAUUCGAUUGCGAGACAUUUAGUACUUUUGUCGUACUUUCAGAGCUUACUAUAUAUAUAUAGAAAGAGAGAGAGAGAGAGAACACAAACAAGGUAACUACUUCUGUAGUCUCUGUAUUUCUCUGCAUCAUAUAAUCCAUUACCUAAACCAAUUCCGUUCAUUCAUACUAUAUUGGUCGUUCUGUCAAUUAAGUACUAACCAUGUUUAAGUUAUCUACUGUCCAAUUAUAUUACUUGUCAAACUUAUCCCGACCGUUGCUGCUACCUUGA